AUGAGGUCUGCCAGCCUGCUUUGGUCUCCUGCUGCGUCCGCCUUGAGUAUGCGCUCUCUUGAGUCAGAACACCUUACCAAGCAGACCAACUUGGCAUCCGAUGGUCUCGGAGAAUUCACGGUCGGAGCUUCGGAACCCGUCUCGUGGGUUUACUUUGUGGCCUUGAGAAUGAACUGGAUGAGCCCUACAGCAUCAAAGCGUUGUCGGUGUCACGGACCUCUCGAAAACACCACCUUUCCCAGCGAUCGCCAAAAGAACGCUCCUUUGAUCAGUCCUGUACGAUGCAUGCUAAGCAGCCAAGGAGGCAUUACACUCACUGUUCUGCUCCACUUCACUUCUAGCAUUGCCAUUGCCUUCGGAAAGCCAUUCGGCAAAGAGCUGGCCGCAACACCCAUUCCGGUGGAUCGUCAAACCCGCGCCGUGUUGGCUGGCCGGCUGCAACCGGAGAAGAAUCUCAUCGGUUACCCCGCCCAGCCGGCAGCAAGCCCCACCAUCUCCGAUCGGCGACCCCACUCGGCAGCGCCCUGUAGCCGAUGCCGCAACCUUCCCGUCAUCCCCGGUCCCGAUCAACGAUGA